AUGGCGAUGGUGAGGGAGUCCGAGGAGCAGUGUGCCACGCCUAUGGGGAAUCUACGGCAGAUUACGAAUGCUAUGACUAUGGAGAUGCAUUCGGAGCUCACCACCGAGGGCAGGAGCAAGCUCAAGAUGCUCAUCAACUGCAAUGGGCCCACGACGAAUCUGUGGUGGGCCACGACGAAUCUAGAUACAAUCUAUGUGUUGUGUAGGGCCCGCGACGAAUCUGUGGACCAUCUUUUCACUCAAUGCGUGUUUAUUAAGUAUAUCAUGGUGAUGGGACUCGAGGAUGUGCGCACGGAGGAACUGGGUAACGACGUACUUGUAGUUUGGGAUAAGUGGAUGCGAAAGGCAACGAUGCGAGGUAGGAGUAAUGGACUUUCCGAAUUGGUCGCAUGCUGGUGGACAAUUUGGAAGGUCAGGAACAACCUUAUCUUUAUUAAUCAAAAGUUCGACCCUGUUUUAGCAGUCGAGAGGCUUAAGAUUCUCCUAUCUUCGUGGAAAGAUUUGCUUUGA